AUGUCAGCAGGCUGCAACCUUAGCGAAAAUUUAUGCGACAAUGAUGAAUUGUGUUAUCCGGAUGGAGUAUUCGGACAAUGCUACUCUUCUGAAAGCGGAUCACCGGAACCGACUGUUCUAGACAAUUUAGAUGAUACACAACUGGAAUUGCUCAAACUUGAAUUGACUAGACUCGCAACAAAAGACAAGGAUUGGGGAGAUGAGGAGACACAAUGCGUUCUCGCUUACUUCAAAAUGUCCAUGUUCUAUCAACUGCAAUACGAUCCAGACUUCUGUCAAGUACGAAAACCCGCAAAUGUUUGGGCUCUGAUUCAAUUGAUUGAUACUGGACUUUCGGAAGACCCGUCAAUUCUUGAAGAAGAUGAAAAUCCGGAAAAUGUAACGGAAGAGGAGAUGGCACAGAUCAUCGAGCAACUCAAGGAACCAUCAUUGCCAACGGAAGAAGAUGUUGAAGAAGCUUUGAAUGCCCAAAAUGAAGAUGUCGAUGAUGAGAUUCUGGAUCAAUACGUUCAAGCAGUCGUCAACAAUGAGAAUCCCGACUUCUCUGAACUUUCCGAUGGACAGUUGAACAGUUUGAUUGGUCGUCUUGUUGAUUUGAAGAAGAACGUGGAAAACGAGGAAUCUGAACUGUUGAGUGGAAAUGGAGAACAAGAAAUGGCUGUUCCAUUGGAUGAUUUAGAAGAGAGAGGAGAGCAAGCAAUUCUGAAAAAAGACAUCGAACAAGUUGGAGAAGUGAAUCAAGGACUUGAUAAUACCGAACAUAAAAUUGUAAAAGGAAGAAAAGAUCAAAUUGUGACACGUGUUGAUGCAAAUCGAGUAUAUCUGAAAGUUCACUUGAAGAAUGAAGACCAAUUGAUGCCUCUGAUUGAGUUCCUUCAAAAUACAAUUGCCAUUCCGAAUAAUCUCUAUUUUGACGAUUUCCAGUUUGAAAAUGGUCAGUUGUCUAUGAGAAUCUCAAGAUUCGAAGGAGCUAAGCCAAAAGCUGAGAAGAGAAUUGACUCUGUUGAAGGUGUCGCCUCUGCUGUUUACAAGCGAAGGAAAGAUAUUGCUCGACUUUCGGGAGCCGACGUGAGAGAAACUGGAAUUGGAAGUGGAGAGGAUGGAAGUCUUCCGGUGGAAUCAUCUGAACGUGAUUGGCUUCUGAUGCCAGUUUUGUUUGUUUGUGCCUUCACUGUCACUGCUCUUGGACUUGUCGCCGCCGUUCAGAUCGCAAGAUCUCGUCGUCAUUACAAGGACAACAUCCAGCAAAUCGCAGAACAACUUGACGGAAAAACAUCAUUCGCCUAUCAGGAUUUGUGCAGACAAAGAGCUGAUGGAGGACGUGCUUCGAAAUCAAGUUCCACGUCUUCAUGGUGUGAAGAAACUGCUGCUCCAACGAUUGAUAUUUCGACUGGACAUGUCGUUUUGAACUUCCUCCAAGAAUAUCUAUCAGAACCAACGAAGAUCGAAGCUCAGUGGAAUGGAAUCAAAGACUAUCACAACGAGGAACGAACCAAGUCGAAAGCCGAAAAAAACUCUACCCAGAACCGCACAAUUCUUCCAUUUGACGACAACAUUGUUGAUAUUGAUGGAAAGACUAACGAGAAUGAAGACUUCUAUCUGAAUGCCAGUUUCAUUUAUGAUGAUGAUCCGAGACAAGCCGUCUACAUCGCUGCUCAAACUCCAGCCAGCAAUCAAAUCGCUGCAUUCUGGCAAACCAUUUGGCAACACGGAGUCUGUCUCGUCGUGAAUCUCUCUACUCCAGAAGAAUGUAAACAAGAAAAGAACUAUUGGCCAGAUACAGGAAGUGAGGUACAUGGAGCAUUUGAAAUUCAUUUGGUAUCUGAACACAUCUGGUCUGAUGACUACCUCGUUCGUUCAUUCUACCUCAAGAAUCUUCAAAACAGUCAAACUCGAACAAUCACUCAAUUCCACUAUCUCUCUUGGCAAAAAGAUUCAACUCCAACCAGUGCAAAGAGUAUUCUGGAGUUCCGUCGCAAAGUCAACAAGUCUUAUCGUGGACGUUCGUCAGCAGUUCUUGUUCAUUCGUGGGAUGGUUCUGGUCGAACUGGAGUUUAUUGUGCAGUUGAUGUCCUCUGUGCACGUCUUCUCCGAGGAAUUCGUCAAAUUGAUGUCGUUGCAACUGUUGAACAUUUGAGAGAUCAAAGAGACGGAAUGGUUGCCACUGGAGAUCAAUUCAAGCUUGUUUAUGGAUGUGUUGCUCAAGAAGUCAAUCAUCUUCUGAAAUCAAUUUCAGCUCAGUAA